AUGAGUCACGUCAGCGGAACGCUCAUGCCCACAGGCCUCUUACAUUCGUCUCUUGGCGGGAUGUACUUUGGCGUAAUGAUUCAAUCAGUGACAUAUGGAAUGGCCACAACUCUGACCUUUCGCUACCUAAGAAGAUAUCAAGGUGACAGGAAGUCACUAAGAGCAACGACGUUCAUCGCUUGGGUACUCUGCACUUCUUGCCUAGCCGUUUCAAUACACGCUCUCUAUUUCUACACUAUUUCGAAUUACCCGAAUUCCGCCGCGUUAGAAACAAGCCCAUGGAGUGUUUGCCUAUUUUCUACGAUAAUAGGCCUUGUUGUCAAUCUCGUACGGCUAAUGUUUUUGGACCGCGUGCGCAGGCUGUACCGAUCUAAACAUGAGCUCAACUUGCUCCUCAAGGCAUUAUUAGUCUUAACUGUAGCACUUAUACUCGUGGAUUUCGCGGGAGGUCUCGUUAUCACCGUACAAUUGUUUAUAGGUCUCAAUCGUCCAGGAAGGCCCCCCGUUCGGCGCAUUUGGAUUGCUAUGUUCGCGCUCGGCACUGCGGCAGAUGUGCUGCUUGUGGCCAUGCUUGUGGCCUGCUUGAAUAAUUCCAGGACAGGCAUGCGCGGAAAUUAUAGGACAAACUCGGUGAUAAACCUGCUCAUCCUGUACUCUGUCAACACUGCUCUCUUCCCAACAGUUAUUGGCAUCGUCUGUUUAAUAGUGUUUCUCGCAAUGCCGAAUUCGCUGCUUUACAUACCCUUCUACAUACAAAUCGCCAAUUUGUACCUAGUAUCUCUCGUUGCAUCCCUCAAUCAUCGCGAAGUAGUUCUAGAGCAGAUGAAGAAGCCGCUUACACUCGAUUAUUCUGCCUUCGGUCGCUGCGGGCGCGGAAUACAUCCGAGAACUGGCGACACGCCUACCGACUCCCAGUCAUGGCUCUCGUUCCCGCGAGAGCUUCCUAUCCAAACCGAGUCGAGCGCAGGGUGGACAGCGAUUUACGCAUCCACGAAUACGACCUCGACAUCAAGCAUGCCAAUUACUCCAUCGGAAAAGAGCACUUAUGGCGAUCAGUUAUCAUCUGUCGUCGAACUUGUGGAUAUCGAGUCCGGUGAUAGGCACGAGGAGCGAUUGAAAUAA